CAGUGUGUGCCUGACACAACGCUUGCACGGACACACACGCAUCCACACGCACAUGCAGGCACAGCUGAGAAACACAAACACACACAGCCGACUAACAGAAGCACGCUACACACACGCGCGCACGCAAACUACUGACGUUCAAACACACACACACACACACACACAGCUGAUAACCGUAAACACGCUAAACACACACACACACACAGCUCAUAAACGCAAACACACUGCACGCGCGCGCAUACGCACACUGCUAGCGUACAGACGCACACUCGCACGCUCAAACACACGCUCGGGGGGCCACCAUGGCGAACGUCGCGACGCACAUGGCCAGGAGGAAGGCCAGGGACGACGGCGAGGGGACCAACGACAGGGCCAUCCCGUUCAACAAGCAGGACUUCCAGACGCUGCGGGACCAGUGCCUGCGGAGCAGGGCCCUCUUCUGCGACGACACGUUCCCUGCUCAGCCCGACUCGCUGGGGUACAACCAGCUGGGCCGGUACUCCCCUAAAACCCGGGGCGUGGUGUGGAAGAGACCCACGGAGCUUUGUUCAAACCCACAGUUCAUUGUCGGUGGAGCGCAAAGAACGGACAUCUGCCAAGGAGCCUUGGGAGACUGCUGGCUGUUGGCUGCCAUUGCCUCCCUGACCCUGGAUCAAGACAUCCUGGCCCGUGUGGUCCCUCCUGGCCAAAGCUUUCAGGAGAACUAUGCUGGGAUCUUUCACUUCCAGUUCUGGCAGUAUGGCGAGUGGGUGGACGUAGUGAUCGACGACAGGCUGCCCACCAAAGAUGGAAAGCUGCUGUUCGUCCACUCGGCCGAGGGCUCUGAGUUCUGGAGCGCCCUGUUGGAGAAGGCCUAUGCUAAGGUGAAUGGCUCCUAUGAGGCCUUGUCGGGGGGGUCCACCACAGAGGGCUUUGAGGACUUCACCGGGGGCAUUUCAGAGAUUUACGAGCUGAGCAAAGCACCCCCGUUCCUCUUCAAAAUCAUCCAGAAAGCCCUUAGCCGGGGGUCCCUGCUCGGCUGUUCCAUCGAUAUCACCAGUGCGAAUGAGACGGAGGCCAUAACUCGGCAGAAGCUGGUGAAGGGACACGCCUACUCCCUCACUGCAGCUGAGGAGGUACACUUGCAUGGAACCCCAGUGCAGCUGGUGAGGAUCAGGAACCCCUGGGGUCAGGUGGAGUGGACUGGACCCUGGAGUGACAACUCCAGAGAAUGGGACGGCGUCCGCCCAGAUGAGAAAGCCAAGCUGGACUAUUCAGCCGACGACGGAGAGUUCUGGAUGGCAUACUCAGACUUCCUCAGGCAGUACUCUAAGCUGGAGAUCUGUAAUCUCACGCCAGACACACUCACCAGUCCCGAGGUCGGCCGCUGGAGUCACUGCCAGUUUGAGGGGACCUGGAUGGUGGGCUCCACCGCGGGGGGCUGCCGGAACUACCAGGCCACCUUCUGCUCGAACCCGCAGUUCCAGAUUCGGCUGGACGACGUGGACGACGACCCCCACGACGGGGAGGACGGCUGCAGCUUCCUGGUGGGACUCAUGCAGAAGGACGGGCGCAAAGAGCGGCGUUUCGGACGGGACCUCAACACCAUCGGCUUCGCCAUAUACGAGUAUAAGGGACGCUCUAAUGUGCACCUGGGGCCGGACGUGUUGCUGCGGCAACGCGCCGUUGCCAAUAGCUCCACCUUCAUCAACAUGCGCGAGGUGUGCGACCGCUUCAAGCUCCCGCCGGGCGAGUACGCCAUCGUCCCCUCCACCUUCGAGCCCCACAAGAAGGGCAGCUUCAUCCUGCGAGUCUUUUCCGAGAAGCAUGCUGCAGCCAGCCAGUCAGACGGGAGUGCCAAGCUGGGCCUGGUGGAGUUCCAUCUUCUGUGGGAGAAGAUCCAGAGAUACCUGGAAGUGUUCAAGAGCUACGAUUCAGACAAAUCUGGCACCAUGAGCAGCCACGAGCUGAGAGGAGCUCUUACUGAAGCAGGGUUCCAGCUGAACAGCGCUGUUCUCGAGGUCAUAGUCGCCCGCUAUGCUGACGCUGAGUUCGCCAUAGACUUUGACUGCUUUGUGAGCUGCCUGAUCCGGCUGGAGUUGCUUUUUACGGCUCGAAAAAUGUCCGGAAUUGCGAAGAAGCUUAAGCGGAACCGAGCCCGGGCUGAGGGCAUUGGCACGAAAGAACAAGCCUUGAAGUACUUAAAGCAGGAUUAUGAGACGUUGAGGCAGAAUUGUCUGGAAUGUGGGCAGCUGUUCCAGGAUGAAACUUUCGAUGCAGUCCCGGCCUCCCUGGGUUUCAAAGAUCUUGGACCCAACUCCUACAAAGUGAGAGGUAUCACCUGGAGCCGGCCCACGGAGUUGUCUUCCUGUCCACAGUUUAUUGUGGGAGGGGCUACCAGGACGGAUAUCUGCCAGGGGGCUCUCGGCGACUGCUGGCUCCUGGCUGCCAUCGCCUCGUUGACGCUGAAUGAGCAGGUGCUCGCUCGAGUGGUUCCUCCUGGACAGAGCUUCCAAGAGGGCUACGCUGGAAUUUUCCACUUCCAGUUCUGGCAGUUUGGAGAUUGGGUGGACGUGGUGAUCGACGACAGGCUGCCCACCAAAGACGGAAAGCUGCUGUUCGUCCACUCGGCCGAGGGCUCAGAGUUCUGGAGCGCCCUGCUGGAGAAGGCCUACGCUAAGCUGAAUGGGUGCUACGAGGCGCUCUCGGGGGGGUCCACCACCGAAGGGUUCGAGGAUUUCACGGGGGGCAUCGCGGAGGUGCACGAGCUACGGAAGCCCAACCCCAACCUCUUCAAGAUCAUCCAGAAGGCACUGCUCAGGGGCUCCCUGCUGGGCUGCUCCAUCGAUAUCACCAGUGCGGCCGACACCGAGGCCAUCACGUCACAGAAGCUGGUUAAGGGCCACGCCUACUCCGUUACUGCGGUUAAUGAGGUGAGAUAUGAGGGGGACAUGGUGAAGCUGAUUCGCAUCCGGAACCCCUGGGGUCAGGUGGAGUGGACCGGGCCCUGGAGCGACGGAUCCAUGCAGUGGCAGCAGGUCAGUGAUGAGGACAGAGGGAGGCUCAACAACAAAUCGGAGGAUGGAGAGUUUUGGAUGUCGUUCUCCGAGUUCCUGCGGCAGUAUUCCCGGGUGGAGAUCUGCAACCUCUCGCCGGACGCGCUCACCGAUGACGAUUACAAGAAGUGGUCGCUCUCCAAGUUUGAGGGGACCUGGCGGCGUGGCUCCACCGCUGGGGGGUGCCAGAACUAUCAAAGCACCUUCUGGACGAAUCCCCAGUUUGUGAUCAAGCUGGACGAGGAGGACGACGACCCGGAUGACAAUGAGGUGGGCUGCAGCUUCCUGGUGGGCCUGAUCCAGAAGAACCGCCGCACCAUGAGGAAGAUCGGGGAGGACAUGCACACCAUCGGCUUCGCCAUCUACAAGGUUCCUGCUGAGUUUGCAGGGCAGAGGAACGUCCACCUCAACCGGAACUUCUUCCUGCAGCACGCGACCAAGGCGCGGUCAGAGACCUUCAUUAACCUGCGGGAGGUGUGCAACCGCUUCUGCCUGCCCCCGGGGGAGUACCUGAUCGUGCCCUCCACCUUCGAGCCGCACAAGAACGGGGACUUCUGCGUGCGCGUCUUCUCCGAGAAGCAGGCAGACUUCCAAGAACUGGAUGACCCUGUUGAGUAUAAGGUUGAAGAGGAAAACAUAUCCGAAGGCGACGUUGAUGACAAGUUUCGGAAACUCUUUUCUCAUCUGGCAGGACAAGACUGUGAAAUUUCUGCUGUUGAGCUGAGAAAUAUCCUGAACAGAGUGGUAUCCACGCGUAAGGAUAUUAAAACCGACGGAUUUAGUCUGGAAACCUGCCGCAACAUGGUCAACCUGCUGGAUACAGAUGGAACUGGAAAACUGGGCCUGGUGGAGUUCAAGAUCCUGUGGAACAAAAUAGAAAAAUACCUGAACUUCUACCGGGAUAAGGACACAGAUCAUUCAGGCACCAUAAGCUCCACGGAGAUGCGUAUAGCUGUGGAGGACGCAGGCUUCUCCCUGAAUAAUGCCCUUCACCAGAUCCUGGUGACCCGCUACAGUGACCCUGACUUCACCAUCGACUUCGACAACUUUGUGAGCUGCCUGAUCCGCCUGGAAAGCAUGUUCAAAACAUUUAAAACGCUGGACAAGGACAAUUCGGGGGAGGUGGAGUUGGAUCUUGUGCAGUGGCUGAAUAUAACUCUGCUGUAAGUGCCUGAGGACAAGUCUCAGCUGCAGGAAGGUGUUCUGGACUGGCUACAUGCACAAGAUCAAGAGCCUGUCCUGGACAGAGACGGUGAACCCAGUCCUGCCUGGCCUUAGAUGACUGAACAUUCUCUGCCUGCACGCCGUCUUCUCUGCAGUUUGUUUUAAAACAGGACUGAUCCCACCUUCAGUCUCAAGGAAAACAACGUAAAAGAAGCACAGAAAAGCCGUAUAUCUUUACUGAAAAUAAUAAAAUGGAAAAUGGAUAUCUGUAGGGUGUCUUGGGUUUAGGAGGUGGGUUUCUAGUUUGCUUUGCUUUUAGACUGAUACUGAAAACUUAAAUUAAUUCAAAAUUAUUGAAUGUAUUGCAGUGCAAUAAAAUCACUUUUAGAUUGUA